GGAGUAGGAAAUGUGUGACAUUCUUGCAACUGUAUGAAUCAGUUCAUUGUGCAGGUAUGAGGUCCCACCUGUUGGUAUCUCUGCUCUCCCUGCUCCUGGCCAUAGGGCAUGAGAUCACAGGGGAGGGGGUGGACAGGAAGCCCAACUUUGUUCUGAUGAUGGUGGACGACAUGGGUAUCGGUGAUGUAGGAUGCUAUGGUAAUGAUACUGUCAGGACUCCUAACAUAGACAGACUGGCUUCUGAGGGAGUCAAACUGACUCAACACAUUGCAGCCGCUCCUCUGUGCACCCCAAGCCGGGCAGCUUUCAUGACAGGGCGCUAUGCUGUCCGCUCAGGGAUGGGUAGCACAGGCCGUGUGCAGGUGUUGCUGUUUCUUGGAGGUUCAGGGGGGCUGCCAUCAAGUGAGACCACCUUUGCUAAGAGGCUACAGCAACAAGGAUACACUACUGGCUUAGUCGGUAAGUGGCACUUAGGUGUGAGCUGUGAACAAAAAGGGGACCACUGUCACCACCCGAACCAGCAUGGCUUCAGCUACUUCUACGGCCUGCCAUUCACCCUGUUCAAUGACUGUGUACCUGGAGAGGGGAGCGAUGUCCUGGCAGACUUACAGCACGCACUCAGAAACCUCAGCAUGUUGCUUGGAGUUGGACUUCUCACGCUGGUGUGUGUCCGUGUAUGUGGCCUUUUUGAAGUCAGCUUGUGGCUCUUGGUAGCACUUUUCUUUUUUAAUGUCCUUACAACCGCUGUGUGGUACAUGCCCUUUAAACUCCUGCCGACCUGGAACUGCAUCAUCAUGAGGAACCAGGAGGUGAUCGAACAGCCAAUGACAGUGGAUACACUGCCCCAGAGGUUGCUGGGAGAAGCGCAAAAUUUUAUAAAAAGGAAUGCUGAUCGACCGUUCCUCCUCUUCUUCUCAUUGGCUCAUAUCCACACGCCACUUUUCAAGACUCCCGCCUUUGCUGGCAAAAGUCGCCAUGGUCGCUACGGUGACAAUAUAGAAGAAGUGGAUUGGCUCAUUGGUAAAAUGACAGAGACUGUGGAUUCACUCGGCCUAUCCAACAACACUCUGAUGUACUUUACAUCAGACCACGGUGGACACCUAGAGGAUGCUGAUACACAGAUCGGCCAGAAAGGAGGCUGGAACAGCAUCUAUAAAGGUGGGAAGGCAAUGGGGGGCUGGGAAGGAGGGAUCAGGGUUCCUGGUAUUUUCCGUUGGCCUGGCAGGCUAGAAGCUGGAAGAGUGGUGGAUGAACCUACAAGUCUCAUGGACCUGUACCCUACGGUGAAACAUUUGGCCCAGGACACCCACCCAGACAGACAUUUAGAUGGUCACAACCUCAUGCCACUAUUGGAGGGGAAAGUAGAGCGAUCAGAGCAUGAGUUCAUGUUCCACUACUGUGGCAUCUACCUGAACGCAGUACGCUGGCACCCACCUGGCAGUGACUCUAUCUUCAAGAUCCAUUUUUUCACCCCCAACUUUUCUCCCCCUGGAGCCGGUGGAUGCUAUGACACCAAGGUCUGCUUAUGUCAUGGAGAACAUGUGACGCACCACAACCCACCGCUGCUGUAUGACCUGUUCCAUGACCCCUCAGAGUCGCGCCCACUGACCCCUGAUACUGAGCCACGAUAUGCUGAAAUCCUUGAGGAGACCGCCAAAGCUGUGGAGAGGCAUCAAAAUACCCUCAAAGAUUUGGAUUCACACACCAACACACAUGGAACUUCAAGCCAGAUGACUUGGGAGAAGAUUCUGUGGAGACCCUGGCUUCAGCCUUGCUGUGGGACCUUUCCAUUCUGUGGCUGCAAAGAGGGCGCAACACAUAUUUAAGUAAAAAACUCCCAAACAUGUGAACCAGUCCAACUUUUUUUCAAGAAUUUUAUAUAGCACUGUAAUGUACUUUUUGUGGUUCAGGGUGCAUUCAGGAGCUCUUCCUCUUCAUGAAAAGGUCUGACCCACAGACUUUGUGUAAAAAAUGUCCAACCACACCUCACCUCACUUUCUUUCCAAAGUUCCCUACUUGCAUAUUGAGGCUUUGUUUAAUUGUUUUAAUGUAACAAUGACUGAAAUUGAAGAAAAAGUCAAAAUUGUAAUGUAAAGAGUAAAUUAAAACUGAAGCUAAAGAGAAAUCAGAAUAAAGUCAUACAACAUUGACAUUGAUAUGCUAUUAAAAUGGACAGAAAUUAAACAAGGACUAAACCUUGCAGUGCAUUAUUACACUGCACACACUCAAUGGCUCAAUGAUAAUGCUUCUUUACACACAUGAAGGGAAGUCUGUUGUUUACCUGUAUCAUUCAUAAGUGAAGGAUCUCUUCUAUUGGUGUUUGUUAGAAAGAAAACAUGUCAACAAAGUUUGCAGAACACAAUAAAAUGUUUUAUUUAAAA